GCUCCUCCCCUCUGGGGUAGUCCACGCGUGGUGGGGACGGGGGUGCAGGCGCGGCUCCUUUGAUGUGAGCCAUGGCGGCUUGUCCCUUUCGGAGGAGCAUCGCCUCUCAGCUUUCAAGAGCUUUGAACCUGCCAGCAGAAAAUUUGAUAAAUUCAAUAUCUGCCGUUCCUGUCUCCAAAAAACGGCCAGUUGCUGAUUUCCAGCUCUUUGUGGGUUCUGUGAUAGAGGACAAGUCUAGUGAUCGUUCAAAGCCAGAUCUUCAGCUUCAAACUCAGAGGCUAGCAGAGAAGCUAAAAUGUGAUACAGUAGUGAGUGAAAUCAGCACUGGUCCAGGAACAGUGAACUUCACAAUAAAUAGGGAAUUAUUAGCAAAGACUGUGUUGCAGCAGGUAUUUAAAGAUGGCUCAGAAUAUGGAAUAAAAAGUGAACUUUUCUCUACGCUUCCCAGAAGAAAGAUAGUAAUUGAGUUUAGUUCACCCAAUAUUGCCAAAAAGUUUCAUGUAGGACAUUUGCGUUCCACGAUAAUAGGGAAUUUUGUAGCAAACCUCAAAGAAGCACUUGGACAUCAAGUAACAAGAAUAAAUUACCUUGGAGACUGGGGCAUGCAGUUUGGUUUACUCGGAGCUGGUUUCCAACAGUUUGGCAAUGAAGAAGAGCUACAAUCCAAUCCUUUACAACACCUCUUUGAGGUAUAUGUACAGGUUAACAAAGCAGCAGAAGAAGAUGAAAACAUAAAGAAGCUGGCACAGGAUUUCUUUAGAAAAUUGGAGGCACGUGAUCAGCAGACACUGUCAAUGUGGCAGCAUUUUAGAGACUUCAGUAUUGAAGAGUAUGUCCGGAUUUACAAGCGUCUAGGAGUGCAUUUUGAUGAAUAUUCUGGAGAAUCAUUUUAUCAAGAGAAGUCCCAGGAAGUUCUAAAGAUGCUGGACACUAAAGGACUCCUUCAGAAAACAAUCAAAGGAACAAGAGUAGUGGAUCUUUCUGAAAAAAGAGACCUCUCAUUGUCUUCCACUGUAAUGCGUAGUGAUGGGACAUCUCUUUAUAUAACAAGAGAUCUUGCUGCUGCUAUAGACCGAAUGCAGAAAUAUAACUGUGAUACUAUGAUUUAUGUGACAGAUAAAAGUCAAAACACUCACUUUGAACAGCUGUUCCAAAUACUGAAGCUCAUGGGCUACCAAUGGGCAGAAAGGUGUCAGCAUGUGUCUUUUGGGCUAGUGCAGGGGAUGAAGACACGAAAAGGAGAGGUGGUUUUGCUGGAAGAUGUUUUAAAUGAAGCUCGCUCAAGGAUGUUACAAAACAUGGCUUCUGCAAAAACAAGUAAAGAACUGGAAAACCCUCUUGAGACUGCAGAAAAGAUUGGGCUUGCUGCACUCAUAAUUCAGGAUUUCAAGGGUCUUCUAUCAUCCGAUUAUCAGUUUAGUUGGGACCGGGUUCUCCAAAGUCGGGGAGAUACAGGCGUAUUCCUGCAGUACACACAUGCCAGACUCCACAGUUUAGAGCAGAUGUAUAGGAAUGGGCAAUCGACUGACAUUAAUACAGCUUGUUUACAAGAUCCACAGGCCAUCUCAGUCCUUCAGCACCUUCUCAGAUACGAUGAGGUACUGUAUAAAUCCUCUGAAGAUCUGCAGCCCAAGCACAUUGUCAGCUACCUUCUAACACUCAGCCAUCUUGCUGCUGUGGCUCAUAAAACGCUCCCUGUGAAAGGCAGUGCCCCUGAAUUAGCCCAGCUGGGGAUCGGACAGAUAAGACCUGGUAGUUCUAUCUUCUAGAACGUGACUAUCCUAAAGACAAGGUGAGUGAGGUAGUAUCUUUUAUUGGACCAGCUUCUGUUGGUGAAAGAGACAAGCUUUUGACCUACAAUGAGCUCUUAUUCAGCUCUGGGAAGGGUACUCAGCAAGUUAUGAAUUUAAGCUCCAAUCAAAAAUACCCCGUCACCCAUGGGAGAACACUUUUCACAAAGCAAUCACUCUAUCUCUGCCUCUCAGUCCUCAUCCUCAAAGAAAACCUGCACACUUUCAAAAGACAAGCCGGGGAGCUUGAAUUCAUAACUUUGCUAGACACUACAAAUCAAAGACUGUAUAAAGACACAGGAUACAUGGUUUACUACAGUAAUCUGUAACUCACUAUACCCCCUUUCUUGUCCUGUGACUGCAGGCAUGUUAAAGGCCACUUCACCUUGCUGGUCCCUGAGAAUGUGUUAAUUACUUAGGCUAAAAAAUUUGUUCCACCUUGUAUUUUCCUGUGACACACUGGCUUGGUCUAUACUACAGUUGGGUCAACAUAAGGCAUCUUACAGCGAUGUAAUUCUGCCAGCGUACACACUAAAGCCUUAUUUCCGCAGACGUAAGUGCUCUACUAUACCGACAUAAUAACUGCACCUCCAUGAGGCAUAGGGCUUAUGUCAGUGUAGUUACGGUGACGCAGUGUCCCUAUAGACAGACACUCAGUCACAUCGGCUGUUGGCUGUCAUUCUUGUCAAUUUCAUAGCUCCAUGCAUUGUCACUGGGGCAGGUGGAGUGCUCCACCUAGAACCCAGCUGCCCUCCAGUACCUACUCCCAGCGCAGCUGCUGCCCAUGGUCCCCGCUCUGAGCGUUGGUGCAGCUGCUGGAGUCCCCACAUGGAGCCAGGAGCCUCCCGGCAGCCACUGGGAUGUGCCUACUCGGCUCCCGCCUUCCAGCCAGUCGGCUCCCUAGAGGGAGCCCAGUGACUGCCCCAAGGCUUACAGCUCCCCACCAAGAGCUGCCCAGACUGAGGGCAGAGCUCUCCCCUGGGAGCCCAGCUGCAGUGGGGAGCAGAGAGCCCAGGGAAGCAGCCAGGCUACUGGUGGUGGGGAGCUGGGAGCCUCCAGGCAGUACCAGGGCUUACGGGGGGGGGCGCUGACCCUCCAGGCAGCAGCCCAGCCUGGCUCCCUGCUGACCCUAUGUUAAGUCAUCUUACAAUUACUGCAGAAAUUACUGCAGCGGUUCAUGUCCACACUAUCCUCCUCCUGUUGGUGGUGUUUGUCCUCACCUGG